GCAGUUGCAUGAAGCUGAAAGGCAGUCAGUAGGGAGAGGUGGAAAAUGCACCAGAUUUACAGCUGCAGCGAUGAAAAUUUAGAAGUUUUCACCACUGUGAUUUCUUCCAAAUCAUGUAGUCCUGCCCGAAGACGAGCCAAAGCUACGCAGCACAUCAUAACAAAGAGUGUGGUAGCCAUAUCGGACCGGCGGCCCCACCAGGGCGAGCUCCUGCAUGUGCUGUACCAGGCGAGGGGCGAGGAGGAGGCACGGGGAGGGGGCUGCCUGCAGGGCGGGCAGCGGGGAGCCUGCCCUGCUAAGGGCCCUGCCCAGCACGCAGGAAUUACUGAGCAAGAGUCAUCCAAGUCCUAUAAUCAUCUGUUGGACAGAAAAUCUUUGAUUCCUCCCUCUCCAGUUGCCCAUAUCACAGUGAAAGCCCUGGCUGUCACAGGCUCGCCCACACGCGACCGCACUUCUAUGGAAGACCACAGGCAACGCUGGAGGAAGACAACAGAGUAUGACCUGGCCCUGCCGCCAGGAGCAGAAGCUUCCCUACCACUGACAGGAGGCAACCUGUGCGGGACACCCAGCCUCCUGAGGAAGAUGUGGAUGAAGCACAAGAAGAAGUCAGAGUACCUGGGGGCAACAAACAGUGCCUUUGAGGCGGACUGAAAAGGCUCAGCAUCCCUUGGAAAGGCAGAAGGUCCUUCAGCAGGACAAGGUGCUUUAGGAUCAACGAGAGAGCAGACAGCACAGCUCAUCCAGGAAAAUGAUAUCUUUUUUAUUACUUGAUGCCAUUGCUUCAGAACAGUGAAAGUCUAACAAAGGUAAAAAUGGUGAAUAUGAUGCAAUUCAAUGGCCUUCCCUUGUUGCAUUACAUUAAAAUCCCAACUAUCCCACUAGAUUUACAUUUUGACUCAAUGCUGAGACUACUGCUGACCCAUUCAUCAUUUUCUACACCUUGUCUAAAUGAGCUUGGACUUGCAACAAGAGAAGCCUAUGAAGAGGUUUGUGUAUUCCUGCAAGGCAACAGAUUGAUUACAGAGUGCCAUUAAAUGCCAGGGAUCUACUUGUUGUGCACACUGCUUGUCGUCUUUCCCCUCUCAUAUCAUGAGAUAAAAACCCCAUCUUGAGAUAUGCUUGGCUGAAUGAUAAAUCCUAAACAUCUCUUUUCCUUCAGUUUUAAUGUUUCAAGGCAGGAGAAAAGGAUGCAAAAAUUCUAAAACAGUGGGCCAGAACUGAGCAAGUUUGCAAACAUACUUACCAAAUUUUGCAAUGUGACAAGUGAUUUGUGUUUUAAGGUGUCCUGCCAGAUGAGCAACAGGGCAACCUCAAGGGACACCCUCUGCCCUAGAACCUGCUUGUAAGUGAAAUGGUAGUCAGCAAUUUACCCUCUACCCAUGUGGAAAGGAUAUUACAUUAAGUGCGCAAAAUACUGGGAGGAAGGAAAGUAUGUAAAUGGUGCAACUAGGUAACUAAGUAUAAGAUAUUUGCAUGUAAGAGAACUGUGCUUAUGAAUAGAUGGAUUUAAAGGAAUUUGCUUUAAAAAUUUUCUCUUUUUUUUUUAAUUUAGAAAUUGCUGGUCAGGUCCUCUUUAGUUUUUAUCCCAAAAAAGUACAAAACGGUUUUACAAAAAAUGUUUUCACCACUGCUAUGGUCAAUAUUAUAUUAUUCAUGAACAGUACUUGCCUUCUGUGAGUGGUCUCCUAGGUAUUAUAAAAAACACUGGUUUCCCUAAAUACAGAACUUUAAAUAUGAAGCUGGAGGAGGCGUAUCUCCUGUUGUUUAUUGUAAUGAUGACCUCUAAUCUAACUGCCAGUGCACCAAAGCGUAAAUUAAAAAUAAAGGUUACUUUAUUACUCUGACAGCAGCAGAAGGAAGGAGCUCUCAUCUGACAGUGCAGUGAAAUGCACUGAGAUGCCAUCACAGACAAUGCCAUGGUAGUGAGGGGCAGCUGGCCCUGGUCAGGAGUACCAAGGGACCACCUGGACGGGAGAGAAAGACAGCCAAGUCUUCUGGCUUUGGGUUGAGCAGGAUGGAGCAGUACACAGAAAAGGUUUGCAGCUUGACAGCCUGAGCAACAAAAGUUCAUGAAGUGGGGAAACAAGUGGAACAGGCCAUUAGCUUUACAGAGCAUAUGGUCCUGAUGGCUGCAAGGAAGGCAAGAAGGAAAGCCUAUUUAGGACUGCACAUGGUGGAACUGGUAGUAGGAUCAGGGUGGAAGUUCUUACUUGAAAAGGCACUGUGGCUCUUCAUGCUGCUAGAGCCAAGUUCAUCCAGAGUUUUCCAAGGAGAGAGAGGCACUAUACCUUCAUGAAAUACCUCUGUCAGCCCUCCUGUUCAGCUGUCCAUCACUGCUUCAGUUACAGGCUUCUCCUUCAGAGGUGCUCAACUGGUCAGAGGAAAACUGUGCACCUCAAAACCACACAGACUCUUUCUCCUCAUUACCAAGGAUGAAAGUCCUUCUCUGGCCCAGCAGCCCAAGACAGGGAUCAUCUGCUCUGCUUUUAUUUCUUGCUCCUGGGAAAGAGGGAGAACACAGCAUCUUGUGAACCACAUGCUGGCAGUGGAUGACCCUGUAUCAACCCUGUGUUCUCUGCUCCAGCAGGAGAGCACAAUGCUGACACCCACUGAAGGCUGCACACCUGAACAGGUUUCUCACAGAGGUCCCACUUUUAAAUUAGAGCCUGGCACACUGAUCCUGUGCAAUAACCUGAGCCCUGCCAAACAUCAGGUACUCUAUGACUGAACCAAGCUGGAGCCAUGGUCAAGAGUUUCCUGAAACACUUUUUACCAGUAUAACUAACAACACUUCGGCCUCCUCCUCAGCCCAUAGAACUCCUGCCAGAAACCCUUACAUAUAUUUUUACACACAUAGGUAUGCCUAGUAAAUUCAGUGGGACUGCUCCCUUGCAUAGCAGUACAUACAUUCGAAGAGUAGGCCAAUCACUGCUUCUCUCUUUUGGUCUCAUUUCCUAAACAAAGGAAAAAUAAGGAUGAUGGACAGACAUUGGGAAACUCCAUUUACUGAAUUAGGUGUAAUUAAGAGUGAACAUUUGUCAUACCUGCUCUUGUAGUUAACAUGACCCGUAAAGAACUCAAACACUCCAGGGCAGCAAAAGUUUUGCUUGUUGAGGAAGUUGCAUUGUAGCAGUAUUUAAUUUGUUAAUUAAUAGCUUUGAGCAGUAUGAAGAUGGAAAUGGAGAUGAUUAAUAUUACUUCUUAAUAAUUGCUUUGUCUUGACAUGUGUAUUUAUGCUUUUCAUAUUUAUUUAUUUAUAAUUUUGAUC